AUGUUUAAGGCGUUUGGGUCCAAGAAGGAGAAGUUCGAGUUCCGGUUUAGGUUUCAUGCUACUCGGGUGCCGGCGACGGGGUUCGAGAGGCUAGUGGUGUCGCUGAUUCCGGUGGACACGGGGAAACUCGAGGGACAGACGCCAAAGGGGGUGGUGAAGAACGGCACGUGCACAUGGACCGACACCGUCACCGAGGUCACUCGCCUCGCCAGGAAUCCCAAAGGGAAAGGCUACGAGCAGAAGGUGUACCGGCUUAUCGUGUCCACGGGGAGGGCGAGGAGUCAGACACGGGGCAGAGCGAGAACGAGGAGGAACUCCACGCCCAAGAAGCCAGCCGGCAAAGCAGCAGCUGCUGCUGCUGUAGGGGCAGGCGCAGGAACAGGCGCAGCAGCGGUCGCAAGGGGAGCAGGGGGGACAGGGGGCGGGGUGCAUGGAACGGCGGCGGCAGGACCGAAGCGGAUGAGCAAGAGCAAGUCGGACGCGAGUGACGUGCUGUCGAGCAUCGACCUGCCCAACACCACCACGCCCACAAAGGGGCAGGUGAGUGCAGCACAGGGGUGGGUGGGCAAGUGGAGGGUAGGCGCAGCAGGGGACCAGGAGCAAGAGCGGCAGCGGAAGCUACUGGAAGAGCAGCAGAGGGAAGAGAUGCGGCAGGCAGAGGAAGAAUUGGAGGAAGAAGCGAGGCGGGUGAGAAUGGAACGCGAGUGGCAACGGCAGCAGCGGGAGGAGGUGAGGCGGCGGCAAUACGCCUUAGACUCUGCCUCAGACGGAACCUCACAGGGGGGCAUGCCGGAUGCCUUGUCGCCUGGGCUCACCCCGUCCGUGGGCGCGACUGGGAUGGGGUACACAGGGAUGGAGGGGAGCGAGUAUGGGGAGAGGACGCCCGAGGAGAUGACUGGGGAGAAUGAGUAUAUAGAUGAGCUGCAGGAGCUGCAGUCGCCUGGCGGGAUGGGGUCUGUGGGUGGCGGUGGUAGUGGUGGAGGUGGUGGUGGGGGGGUUGGGACUCCUAUGACUGGUAUGUCUCCCCGUGGAGCGCUGGGAAGCUGGAGUAAGGGGCCGGGGGGGACGCCGCAGACGCCGGUUAGUAUGGUUGGUAGCACGGGCACGGUUCCUGGGACUGCUGGCACAGGCGCGGGGUAUAAGCCCGCGUGGGCGGAGUCAGGCGGGGCGAGCGCGGCAGGCGGGGGGGAUGGGCGCGGGCGGGGGUGGUCCGGGGGAGGGGCACCUGGUUUCCCCGCCCUCGACGCGGGCGCAAAGGGGAACGGCGCGCUGCCCUCGCCCAGCGCAGGCGCCAUGUCGCCCGUCCCUGCUGGUCCCAUCCCCGACGGGUUCAGCCCCUUAGGCUCCGUGGGAAGCUCCCUGACAAACCCGCUUGGGGCAGUGCACGGGCGCGGCGGAGGAGGCGCGGUUAUGCGGGACUAUCCGGGGGAGCUGGCGGCGGCGGAGGCGGCUAUAGAGGAGCUGCAGCGGGACUGCGUGAAAUACCAGCUGAACGCGCGAAAUCUCACCAGGGAGGUGGAGAGUCUGAGAAGCCAGCUGGCUGAGGCGAUCACGCAGGACCAGAGGGCUGAUAUUGCGAUAGGGGAGUUGAAAGGGGAGAGGGAUCAGCUUCAGGAGGAGCUGAACCAGCUGCGGAUGGGGCGGGGAGGCGGGGAAGUGGGCGGCGGGGGGAUGGGGGAGGGGAGCGAGUGGAGCAUGGGCGGACCCGGGGGCAUGCGCGGGGGGAUGGGGGGCGGCAGGGAGGUGGAGAUGCUGAUGGAAGAGGUGGAGUAUCUCAAGGGCACGGUUGAUAGCUUAUCAGCGCAGCUGGAGGUGUUUCAACGGGAUAACGUGGAGCUGUCUAAGUCGCUUGAGGAGGCGGAGAGAGAGGCGGGGAAGUACAGGCGGGACGCGGAGGAAUUGUUUGAGGAUAGGCGGGAGGCGCAAGCGGUGGCGAAGCGGCUGCAGAAGCAGAUGGAGGAGAAGGAGGCGGACUGGAACCGGCGGCUGGCGGAGCUUGCGCAGGGGAAUGGGGGGAUGGACGGGUUGGGUCUGAGCGGGUUGGGGGUUUCGGAGGGGAUGGGCGGCGUGGGAGGGAGCGUGCAGUCGUCGGUUAAGAGGAGUUUGUUUGGCGGGGCGGACAGGCGCGCGGGGCUGGUUCCGCGGAACCUGAGGGAUGAGCUGGAGCUCGCGACAGAGAGCGAGGGGGAGGUUAGGGGAGGCGGAGGAUGCAAUAAGCGGUACGCAGGGUAUGACGGGCAGGAGAGCAGCGGGACGGCGGGCAUGACUUGUGAUGAGAGCGUGCUGUUAGAGCUCCAACAGAAGGUGGAAGAACUGGAGAAAGAAGCGCAGGAGCUCACAGCAGAGAGUCUUGAGCUAGCUACGGAAUUGAACACGGCGAAUAAGGAGGCUGAGCAGAAGGAGGUGUUGAUCGAGCAGCUGAAGCAGGAGUUGGUCGCGGCUAGGGGUGGGAGAGGGCUUCCGGCGAGUAUAGCGCAGCUGCUACAGACGAAACCCAAGCCGAAGCCGUACCAGCCUGUGCAGCUGCGGCAGCAGCGCCCGGCGCCGCCCCCGCCUCCUGCUCCCCCUGCCCCGUGCCUGUGUCCGAAAUGCUCUGAGCCGUCCGCCCCUGCGCUCUGCGCGAAGUGCACCCCGCCUCCCCCGCCCCCGCCGCCGCCUGCGGCCCCAUCUCCGCCUCCGCCCCCGCCCCCUCCCCCUGCCCCUGUAGAGGAAACUAAGAAACCAGAGGUUGCGGUGAGGGCUGUGAGCAGCGAGGGCGGCAGCAGCGUGUCCGAGGAAGAUGCGCGGAAGCUGCAGGCGCGCGUGCAGGAGCUGCUGGAGCAGCUGCGGGUGCAGCGGGCGGAGGCGCAGGCCGCCAAGGAGGAGGUGGUGCAGCUGCGCAGCAAGGUGCGCGUCACUGAAAUGGCCACCCAGCGCGCGAAUGACAGGCUUAGCAUCUUAGAGGAGUAUGAACGGAGGGCUAGGGAGGUGGAGGCGGAGUUGGAAAGUACCAAGAAGCUGCUGACGGCGGGGCGGCGGGCGAGGGAGGAGGCGGAGAGGAGGCAUGAGCUAGAGGUGGAGCAUUUGAAGGAGGCGCGGGCUGACGUGGAGAGUCAGCUGACGAGGUAUGUGGAGGAGGUGGGGCGGCUGGAGAAGAAGUGUGCUGAUGAGGGACAGGCAGGAAAAGAGCUGAGUGAGAGGCUGGCCCAGGUGCUGGAGAAUGGGGUUGGUGGGAUUGACUUGGAGGAUUCUGCGAGUCUGGCUGCGAGGGCGGAAGGGUUGGAUCCUGCUGGGAAGGUGGCGCUGCUUGCUGAGGUGGCGUCUAAGUGGCGCGCGCGGGCUGCUGAGCUGGCGAAGGAGAAGGAGAAGCUGCGGGAGGAGAAGGGUGACGUGGAGGGGAAGAUGGAGGAGCUGGAGAAGGGGAUGGGGUCGUGGCGGAGCGAUAGGGCGGGUUUGGAGAAGCAGGUGCGGCUGCUGGACGAGGGGAAGAGAUUGGCGGAGUCUCGGGUUCAAGAGGUGGAGUUGCAGUUGUCUGCUAUGCAGGAGCUUCUAGAUGAUGCCAAGGCGGAUUCUGCUGCUGCUGUGAGGCGCAGCAACGGUGGUAUGAGCGCCAGUGAGGUGGAGGAGAUGAGGGAGAGCAAUCAGAAGGCGAGGAGGCGGAUUGUGGAGCUUGAAGGGCAGGUGAAGGCGCUAGAGACGAGGCUGGCGGAGUGGGAGGUGAGGGAGCUGUCUGGUUUAGGCGGUGGGGAUCGGCGUGGGAAGAGCAAGGAGCUGGAGGAGGCUCGGAAGCGGAUUGCCGAGCUUGAGGCGGAGGUUCGGAAGGUGGCUGGGGAGUCCGGGGCGGGAAAGAGGGAGGUGGAGAUGAGGGUGUUGAGGUUGGAAGGGGCGUGUGGGAAGCUAGAGGCGGAACUGCAGGAGGCGAAUACGGGGAAGAGGAGGGCAGAGGAGAGGGUAGCAGAGGUGCAGGCUCAACUGGUGGUGGUGACAUCUGAGGCCAAGGCGGGGGCGGGGAGAGCGAAGGAGCUUGACGGGCGGUUGCAGAGGGCGGAGGCGAGAGAAGGGGAGCUGAUGAGCGAGGUGCAGGGGCUUGAGGGGCGGUUGAAGGAGAUGGAGCGGGAGAAGGAGCGGUUUAGUCGGGUGCUGGGGCAGGAGGAGGCGAAGCGGGAGGCGGCAGAGGCGAGGGCGGCAGCAGGGGAGGCGGCGGGGGAGAGGGUGAGGGAGCAGAUGGGGAGGGACCUGGCCAGGAUGAAAGAGGUGGAAGCGAAGCUUACAGCGUGGUUGCAAGGGGUGGAGAGGGAUAGAGAUGAGGCGAAGGCGAGGGCGAGCAAGGCGGAGGAGGGGCAGAGGCGGGAGAAGGAGGAGCGGCAGGCGGCUGUAGCGCGGCUACAGGCGGAGGUGCAACUGCUGACUGAUCAGCUAUCCGCGUCUGUGAGCGCGAGUGGUAACUUAAGAAGGGAGAAUACGAGUGCGGUGGAAGCAGCUGAGCUGAGGGCCGCUAAGGGGAAGCUGGAGGACCGGUUGAGGCGGGCGGAAGCAGAGCUGAGGGAUGCGAUAGCCGAGAGGAACAAGGCAGAGCUUGAAGUGGAGAGUCAGCGGCGGGCUGGGCUGAAGAGGGAAGCAGCAGAGGCGGGAGAAGCGGUGGUGAAGCUGAGGGGGGUUGAGGAGGAGCGGGACGAGCUGAUUCGGCAGCUGGGGGAGGCGGAGGCGGGUGUAAAGCGGUUGGAAGCGGUGAGGGAGGAGCUUGAGGGGGAGAAGCGGGCGUUGGUGGCCCAACAGGGGAUCAUGGCGGCCAAAGUGAAGGAGUUGGAGCGGGUGAAGAGCGAUUUGGUGGCUUUGCGGAGGGAGAAACAGGUGCUAGAGGAGAGACGGCUUACAUUGUCGCUUAAACUGGCGAAGAUGGAGGAGGGGUUGAGUGAGCUGGAGGAUUUACGGGCCAAGCAUGUGGUGCUGGAGGGGGAGGUGGGGGAAUUGGCAGCUAAGGCGGGGGAGGUGGUGGGGUUGAGAGAGGAGAAGAAGCGGUUGGAAGGAGUGGUGAGGGAUUUGGAGGAGCGGGUGGAGCAGCUGGCGAGUGUGUCUGGUGGGGGUGGGUCUGCAGGUGGUGGGGGGAGUGUGGGGGGGGCGGGGGCAGCGGUUGCAAGUGCAUUGGCAGAGGAGGUGCGGCAGCUGAAGCAGCAGAAUGGGGAGCUUAAAAAGCAGUUGGCGGAGGUGAAAGGAGAGGGGGAUGGGGGGAUGGGUGUGGGCGCUGUGGGUAUGGGCGCUGGGAGCGCAAUGAAAGGCAGGCCAAUGGGGGGAGGCGGAGGGGGGAUGAUGGGCGGGGGAGGGGGCGGUGCAUUCGCCCGCGGGGGGCGGGCGGGGGGGAUAAUGUCGGCGCGGGGAGGGGAGGGCGGGGCGGAGAGGCAGGUGGAGGAGCUGAGGAAGAGGACGAUGGCUCUGGAGGGCGAGCUGCAGCGCAAGGCAGAGGCGCUGGCUGCUGCUGAGAGACAGCUGGAGGCCGCCAGGCAGGCUGCAUCUGGGGGAGGUGGCGGGAUGGAGAGCCAAGUCGGCAAGCUUGAGGACCAAGUGCGAUCUCUUGAGCAGUCUCUGGAGAGCAGCAGAGCAACAGCAGAGGCGAGGGAGCGUAGCCUGACCGAGCGGCUGGAGCAGCUGGAGGCAGCGAAUGAGCUGCUGGGGAGCAAAGGGGACAACGCCAGUGCCAGGCUGAACCAAGAGUUGCGCAAGGCGCAGCAGCGGGUGGGGGAGUUGCGCAAGGCGCAGCAGCAGGUGGGGGAGGCGCGAGUGAGGGAGGCGGAGCUGCGGUGUGCGCUGGCAGCACUCAAGGGAUCCAGCACAGAGGCACACGCACAGGAGGACCCUCGCAAGGCAGCGGCACAGCGCAUGGCGAGCGGCGUGGCAGAGAGGAUGGCGAUUCUGGAAACGGAGCUGGCAGAGGCACUGGAGGCCAACAACCGUUACAAGGAGCAACUCAAGCGUGCAAUGGCGAGCGCAGGGGCAGCAGACAGCAGUGCAGCACAGCAGUCGCACGAGGGUGAGCUGGCAGCAAGGCUUGCUGACAUGGCAGCACAGCUGGAGGAGUCCAAGCUGGCGGCGCAGACAGCCGAGGGUGAGCUGGCGCGAUUGAGGGCGGAGCACGGGGCAGUGGCUGCCAGGCUGGCACAGGCUGACGUGGACAAGAAGGGAGAGAGAAAGGUUAAGGGAGAUAUAGAGCGGAAAGCUGAGAAGAAAGAUGAGAAGAAGAGGGAGGAGAAGAAAGAGGAGAAGGAGGAAAAGCGGAGGGAGGAGAGGCGGCUGGGGUCAAGGCCUGCCAGUCCAAGGAGCAAGGUGGGGGGGAUUACGAGCAGCACUGCCACUCCUGCCAGUGCAAGUGCGGCCAGGCUGGGCAGAAGCAGCAGCUCCAGAGGCAUGGGCAUGGUCUAG